AUGAGACGCUGGUUCAUAAUACUUCAUUGGGUCUUCCAUCUUCCUUUCUCGACGUUGCGCAUUUCAACAGUCCCACUUGAAUUAAAACUAGGGAUCUCACAGGAAGAUGACGCCAAGUCGUUUGACUUGAAUGAAUUUCUAGAGGAAGAUUUCCACUCCUAUCGCUCACAACCAAUCACCUCCUGCCCAGUGCUGGAGAGGUUUGAUGGGUCAAACAACGAGUCCUCAGAGCAGGAAAUGAUGGCCGAAGCUCGACAUUCCUUCCACCAAACCAUUUCUUUCCCAGUGAUCAAGUCGGAGGACAGAGGGGAUCAAGAACCAUUGACACACUAUGAGAUUCCCAGAAGUGAGUGCUCAACUACUUCUUCUCUCAGGCGCAAGAACAACGCUUUGUUCAUCAAUCAAAGAGCCAAAAGACCAAAGCAAGAGACAUUUCCUAUCGGUUAUGCUUCUACUAAAAAAGAGACUCCAACCUCAAACCGAAGAGCUAAAAACACCCUAGCCAAAGGAGGAAAGCGAUUCCUUCUUGAAAGUGAGAAGUCCUUAGCCCAAAGGAAUCGUGCCAGGGGUGCAAGCCAGUCACAUUCCAAGACUGAAAUAAUGUAUGUCAAAGGAGAACCAGUAGCAGAUCAGGAUACAAAGGAUAACAUCAUUAAAUUAGAAUUAGUGGAUCAUUUUGGACUCGAAGAAAGCCAGAAAAAAGGAGUACUAUUCAACGUAAAUGAUUGGAAAUUUAUAACAGAAGAGCGACAAGACCUAAUAGAAAACGAGUACCCAGGAAAAUUCUUCGAGUUUCUGAACAACUUGAAGGGAGAUGAUCAAGACGCAAGUGUGCCCGAAAAACGGGCCUCGUUUUUCCUCACCAGAGAGUCAGCGAUGGGCUUCCUGAAGAAGUAUCUUUCGAGUAGGACGGAGUUUGAGGACGAAUCUGGGAUCAAGAAGGACCAGAAAAAGGAGCUUGUGAUGCGGACUCUGUUGAGGAUCUCAGACCGCAAACUCAAGCUUGCUGAGAACCGAUUUUAUGCAGAUGAGCUUCUGGGAAGAAUCAAGGACCGACUGAAACUGGAGCAUGACAGCUGCUUGGAUCCAGUACAAGUACCAAGACUUCCAACGAUCAUCCAAUUUGUCGAGAACGUAACGAAAACUACUCAUCUGUUAAUCAUCAUUUAUCUUGCUCUAUUCAAGGAACAUCAAGCAGCAGAAGGAGGAGAAUUCGGGGCAGAAGAAUCCGAAAAGAUCUUGCGAUUCAUCGGCCAAUUAUGGCAAGACAUUGCAGACAAUUCGCCGGGAUUGCCGCAAACAAAAUGGACAGCCAAGCUUUCUGAGCUCUUCCAGUUCCAGAACAAACGCUCCCGGGCGGCAUCCGUCAUGACUAAUCGCAAAAAACCCAUGUACAUUCUCUGUUGUCAUUUGCUCCAUUAUUGGAUCGACAAAAACGGGAAAGCGUUCAAGAAUUGUAAGAAUAUCGACAAGUAUAAUGGCACCUUGGUCGAAUUGAUCAAUAAAUUGGUCUUCUAUUCUAAUUAUCAUUCUAUCCUUGCUCAUACUUUCAACAAAAACAAGAAGAGAUAG